UUCAUUCUAAUUCUCCCUCUCAAGCUCGAAACCUGUGAACUUGGGUUCUGACUGGUGCAGCAAGGAGGUAGCUGUGGGCACGCGCUCCGGUGCCCGACCAGGUGACGCCUCGUCGCAGUCUUCAGAGGCAAUCCCCCAUUCUGGCUCCUCCAGUGGGGUCUGGACUUACAGAUGUCCUGCAUUGGAAACCAUGACCGUGCCCUUGGGCCCCUUGCCUUUCUGCCCGCCUUUAGCUCCGGUCUUAAUCAACGAGCCUGUGACUAUUGGCUGAAGUUCCCCAGCGAUUUGCAUGAACAGAGAGGGAGUGUCUUCCGCCGCCCUCCCGACAGGAGCGCGCUGACUGCAGCCUCCCUGGGAAUGCGCGGCCGAGGGAAUGCGCGCAGCUCGUGGGCCCUGGCAGUGAGCUGGCGCCCGGCGACCUGGCACCCGCGCCUGGAUAUGGGGCGGCUAAGUCGUCCCAGCAGCAGCACCAGCCACAGAAACCUGCCGCCACUGUUUCUGUUUUUCCUCUUCGUGGGACCCUUCAACUGCCUCGCGAGUUACAGCCGGGCCACGGAGCUUCUGUACAGCCUGAACGAGGGAUUGCCGGCGGGGGUGCUCAUCGGCAGUCUGGCCGAGGACCUGCGGCUGGUGCCCCGGGCCGGGGCCAGGCAGGACCAGCACACGCAGCCGGCCGAGCGCACAGGCGCUGAGCCGAGCCCUCCUCUCUCCUUCAGCCUGGCCUCCAGGGGACUGAGUGGCCAGUACGUGACCCUAGACAACCGAUCUGGGGAGCUGCACACUUCUGCCCAGGAGAUCGACCGGGAGGCGCUGUGUCUUGAAGGAGGUGGAGGGACUGCUUGGGGCAGCAGCAUUUCCAUUUCCUCCUCCCCUUCUUCUGACUCUUGUUUUUUGCUUCUGGAUGUACUGGUCCUGCCUCAGGAACACUUUAGGUUUGUGAAGGUGAAAAUCGCUAUUCGGGACAUCAAUGACAAUGCUCCGCAGUUCCCUGUUUCCCAAAUCUCGGUUUGGGUCCCAGAAAAUGCACCUGUAAACACCCGGCUGGCCAUAGAGCAUCCUGCCAUGGACCCCGAUAUAGGCACUAAUGGGGUGCAGACCUACCGCUUACUGGACUACCAUCGGAUGUUCACCCUGGAUGUGGAGGAGAAUGAGAAUGGGGAGCGCACUCCCUACCUAAUUGUCAUGGGACUGUUGGACAGGGAGACCCAGGACCAGUAUGUGAGCAUCAUCAUUGCUGAGGAUGGUGGUUCGCCACCACUGUCGGGCAGUGCCACCCUCACCAUUGGCAUAAGUGACAUUAAUGACAAUUGCCCUCUUUUCGCAGACUCACAGAUCAACGUCACUGUGUAUGGGAAUGCUACAGUGGGCACCCCGAUUGCAGCAGUCCAGGCUGCGGAUAGAGACUUGGGGACCAAUGCUCAGAUCACCUACUCUUACAGCCAGAAAGUUCCACAAGCAUCCAAGGAUUUAUUCCAUCUGGAUGAAACCACUGGCAUCAUUAAACUUUUCAGUAAGAUUGGGGGAAGUGUUCUGCAGACACACAAGCUCACCAUCCUUGCUAAUGGGCCAGGCUGCAUCCCUGCUGUGAUCACUGCCCUGGUGUCCAUUAUCAAAGUCGUUUUCCGACCACCUGAAAUUGUCCCUCGUUAUAUAGCAAAUGAGAUAGAUGGUAUUGUUUACCUGAAAGAACUGGAACCUGUUAACACUCCAAUUGCUUUCUUUACCAUAAGAGAUCCAGAAGGUAAAUACAAGGUGAACUGCUAUCUAGACGGUGAAGGGCCAUUUAGACUGUCACCCUACAAACCAUACAAUAACGAGUAUUUGCUAGAAACCACCAAACCUAUGGAUUAUGAGCUACAGCAAUUCUAUGAAAUAGCUGUGGUGGCCUGGAACUCUGAGGGAUUUCAUGUAAAAAAAAUUAUUAAAGUACAACUUUUAGAUGAUAAUGAUAAUGCUCCUAUUUUCCUUCAACCUUUGAUAGAACUAACCAUUGAAGAAAACAACGCACCCCAUGCCUUUCUGACUAAGCUGUAUGCUACAGAUGCAGACAGUGGCGAGAGAGGCCAAGUUUCAUAUUUUCUGGGACAUGAUGCUCCAUCGUAUUUUUCCUUAGACAGUGUCACAGGAAUUUUGACAGUUUCUACUCAGCUGGACCGAGAAGAGAAAGAAAAAUAUAGGUAUACAGUCAGAGCUGUUGACUCUGGGAAGCCACCCAGAGAAUCAGUAGCCACUGUGGCUCUCACAGUGUUGGAUAAAAAUGACAACAGCCCUAGGUUCAUCAACAAGGACUUCAGCUUUUUUGUGCCAGAAAACUUUCCAGGAUAUGGUGAAAUUGGAGUAAUUAGUGUAACAGAUGCUGAUGCUGGGCGAAAUGGAUGGGUCGCCCUCUCCGUAUUGAACCAAAGUGAUAUUUUUGUCAUAGACACAGGGAAGGGCAUGCUGAGAGCUAAAGUCUCUUUGGACAGAGAGCAGCAAAGCUCCUAUACUUUGUGGGUUGAAGCUGUUGAUGGGGGUGAGCCUGCUCUCUCCUCUACCGUAAAAAUCACAAUUCUCCUCCUAGAUAUCAAUGACAACCCUCCUCUUGUUUUAUUUCCUCAGUCUAAUAUGUCUUAUUUGUUGGUACUACCUUCUACUCUCCCGGGCUCCCCAGUGACAGAGGUCUAUGCUGUUGACAAAGACACAGGCAUGAAUGCUGUCAUAGCUUACAGCAUCAUAGGAAGAAGAGGUCCUAGGCCUGAAUCCUUUAGGAUUGACCCUAAAACUGGCAACAUUACUUUGGAAGAGGCACUACUGCAGACAGAUUAUGGACUCCAUCGUUUACUAGUGAAAGUGAGUGACCAUGGUUAUCCUGAACCUCUCCACUCCACGGUCAUGGUCAACCUAUUUGUCAAUGACACUGUCAGUGACGAGAGCUACAUUGAGAGCCUUUUAAGAAAGGAACCAGAAAUUAAUAUAGAGGAGAAAGAACCACAGAUCUCUAUAGAACCGACUCACAGAAAAGUCGAAGCUGUGUCCUGUAUGCCCACCUUAGUAGCUCUGUCUGUAAUAAGCUUGGGUUCUAUCACACUGGUAACAGGGAUGGGCAUAUACAUCUGCUUAAGGAGAGGAAAAAAGCAUCCCAGGGAAGAUGAAAGUUUGGAGGUACAAAUUCCACUAAAAGGAAAAAUUGACUUGCACAUGAGAGAGAGGAAACCAAUGGAUAUUUCUAAUAUUUGAUACUUCAUUGUGGAAUAACACAGAGAUGUUUUCAUUGACUUUGGGUAGUCUUUACCACCUGAAAGAUGGUGUGGAUGAGUUCCAUUAAAGGACUACUAAUUUAUAACUUGUAAUAUAUUGUAAAUAGCUGUUUACAGGUUUUUAAAUUCAAAAUCAGAGGUUAUAAAAGGUGUACAGCAUUUUUUAAUGAAAAUUAGUACUAACAGCUAUGGAGCUAUUAUAAAAAAUAUCUUGGAUGUGAUUUUUCAGCUUUCAUACACCAAACAGAUGAUUGAUAAAACCUGGGAGUAAGGUAAGAAAAUGACACAUUGUAUGUUUUGUCUAAAAUGUCUUUUAACCACAAGAGGGCAUUAGCUGCUCCUUUGCAGGGAACUGUUUUGAGUUGAGGUAUGGUACCUGACAGUUGUACAUCAAAUUAAUGAAAGAGUAUAUUUUAAAUAUAUUGUUUUUAACACUUAACAAAUAUAAAAUUAAAGUAAAUUGAAUUUCACCCCACUUAAAUGUAUAUGUAAAGAAAUGUAUUUGUAAACAGAAUGUUUACCUGGCAAGUAUGUCAUGCAUAGUUUGAAAGAGAAGGCAUUAGAAAGAGGUGCAGUUGUUUUUUGUUUUUUGUUUUUUUAAGCAAGGAUGUAAACAUUGCCAUGUGUUAAAAAUUUGACUUGCUGAAGACUGUUUCACUUUCUGUGUAUUCAAACUGCUUUCUGUUUGCUUUACCCAGCACUUGCUAUUAUCACAGGGGGAAAGAUGUAUAUGUAUCCUUCCUUACAGAAAAUGUAACUAGAAAUUGCAUCCCAAGAAAAACCACCAGAAGCAAGAAAUACUUCAGUCCUUAGUUGCUUCAUAGAUGUUGAUGACAUUUUGGUUUUUUCAAAACUUGUGAGCAGUACUUCAUACUUGGGUUGUAUAUUAGAUUUUUAUAUGCUUAAACUCAUCCAUUACAUAAGAAAAUUUAAAAACAUCAUAUUAAAGCAGAAUUAUUUUAUAAGCUGGUGUAGACUACUGGUUGCUUUAGUUGGGCCUUUUAUAUGCAAGCUAUACUUAUCUUUUUGUUGUUGUUUAGGUUUGUUGGCUACCAUUUCUGACUUCCUUUCUUUGGCUUUGGAUUAAGUCCAAGAGUAUCUGUAAACCCAGCAGCAGAUUUCUUUGAUAAUUUAGCUUUUGCUGAAUCCUUUGCAAUGAAGCAAACUGGUUCAUCAGUGAUUGAUCAUUUUCAUUGUGUGAGCUGGGAAUGUUAUUUUCUAUGAGAGCUAUAGCAAAAUCAUCUGUAUAAACAAGUAAUGUGUUAGCUUAAACUGGAUCAUUCUACUUUUUGGGCAUCCUGUGUCUGUACUGUACCAAAAGUGUUUAUAUGUCUGCAAAUUAAAAGUAUAUAUUUUCAUAA